CAUUAAAGCUCCAGCAAAUCUUCCUAUCCGCCUGCCCCUCCUCUUGUGGAAGGAAAUCUUAGGGACGGGAAGUAUAUUCUGAAACUUCUGAGGGUUUCUAAGUGACGCUGAGCAUGCUCAGUAGCUCAAAGGCAAGGUUUCUUCUCCAGCAGCCGACCUGGUUCGACCUCUCCAGAAAUAGACAUUUAACUCUCUGAACCCCUGUUUAAAGGAUAGAAUUCGUUUGGGCUCUCUCUUCAUUUUUAAGGUUCAAAGAGAAGAGGCGAGGAUUCCAGGGUCUCACCGCCAUCGCAGCCAAUGAGGAGCCCGGGGGAGGAGCCUGGCCAGCUCUGGCUGGUGAGGGACUCGCCCCCAGUAGAUGCGGUGGAGUUUGAGCUUUGCUGCAUCCGUCACUGAAGAACAAAAUAAGAGUAAAGGAGAGAGGCUGCAGAGCAUGGGAGGCGGUGGGGUUUUCUGAGACGUUUGCUGGGCUUUCCGCGGAGCAUGAGCCUUUAAAACGAAUUCUUUUUAUAGAAACUCAUUUGUGUAGCUGGGAAAAUGAUACAUAUGCUAAACGCAGCAGCCUAUCGGGUGAAAUGGACCAGAUCCGGCGCUGCUAAGAGGGCUGCCUGCCUGGUGGCUGCGGCAUAUGCUCUGAAAACCCUCUAUCCCAUCAUUGGCAAGCGUUUAAAGCAGUCUGGCCACAGGAAGGAAGAAGCAGCAGCUUAUCCGCCUGCAGAGAACAGAGAAAUACUGCAUUGCACAGAGAUCGGCUGUAAAAAGCCUGCGCCGGGACUGAAUGCAGAUUUUUUCAAACAGCUACUAGAACUUCGGAAAAUCCUCUUUCCGAAACUUGUGACCACUGAAACGGGGUGGCUCUGCCUCCAUUCGGUGGCUCUAAUCUCAAGAACAUUUCUUUCUAUCUAUGUGGCCGGUCUGGAUGGAAAAAUCGUGAAAAGCAUCGUGGAAAAGAAGCCUCGGAGUUUCGUCAUCAAGUUGAUCAAGUGGCUUAUGAUUGCCAUUCCUGCCACCUUUGUCAACAGCGCUAUCAGGUACCUGGAGUGCAAACUGGCUUUGGCCUUCAGAACUCGCUUAGUAGACCAUGCCUACGAAACCUAUUUUGCAAAUCAGACUUACUAUAAGGUGAUAAAUAUGGACGGGAGGCUGGCCAACCCUGACCAGUCCCUUACUGAAGACAUUAUGAUGUUCUCACAAUCUGUCGCUCACUUGUAUUCCAACCUUACCAAGCCUAUUUUAGAUGUAAUCAUAACUUCCUAUACUCUCAUCCGGACUGCUACGUCCAGAGGAGCGAGCCCAAUAGGGCCCACGCUGUUAGCCGGACUUGUGGUCUACGCCACGGCUAAAGUGCUGAAGGCUUGCUCUCCUAAAUUUGGCACACUAGUGGCUGAGGAAGCUCAUAGGAAAGGCUAUCUGCGGUACGUUCACUCCAGAAUCAUAGCUAACGUGGAAGAAAUUGCCUUCUACAGAGGACAUAAGGUAGAAAUGAAGCAACUGCAGAAAAGUUACAAGGCUUUAGCUUAUCAGAUGAACCUCAUUUUAUCCAAGCGUUUAUGGUACAUCAUGAUAGAACAGUUCUUGAUGAAGUACGUGUGGAGCAGCUGCGGACUAAUCAUGGUGGCUAUCCCGAUUAUCACCGCGACAGGCUUUGCAGACGGUGAUCUGGAGGACGGCCCAAAGCAGGCAAUGGUUAGCGAUCGGACAGAAGCCUUCACCACUGCCCGAAAUUUAUUGGCCUCUGGAGCUGAUGCUAUUGAAAGAAUUAUGUCUUCAUACAAAGAGAUCACUGAACUAGCAGGUUAUACUGCUAGAGUCUACAAUAUGUUCUGGGUCUUUGAUGAAGUGAAAAGAGGCAUUUAUAAGAGAAAUGUCACUCAGGAGACUGACCAGCAUAGCAAGAGUGGAGGGAACGUGGAGCUACCCCUCAGUGACACCCUAGCAAUUAAAGGAACAGUUAUUGAUGUGGAUCACGGAAUCAUUUGUGAAAAUGUGCCCAUAAUUACACCAGCAGGAGAAGUGGUGGCUUCAAGGCUAAACUUCAAAGUAGAAGAAGGGAUGCAUCUUUUGAUAACUGGUCCCAAUGGUUGUGGGAAAAGCUCUCUCUUCAGAAUCUUAAGUGGGCUGUGGCCUGUGUAUGAGGGAGUCCUCUAUAAACCACCUCCCCAACACAUGUUCUAUAUUCCACAGAGGCCAUACAUGUCUCUUGGAAGUCUGCGUGAUCAAGUCAUUUAUCCUGACUCGGUGGAUGACAUGCACGAGAAAGGUUACACUGACCAGGACCUAGAAGGCAUUCUGCACAGUGUCCACCUCUACCACAUAGUUCAAAGAGAAGGAGGAUGGGAUGCUGUUAUGGACUGGAAAGAUGUCCUCUCGGGAGGGGAAAAGCAAAGGAUGGGUAUGGCCCGGAUGUUCUAUCAUAAACCAAAGUACGCCUUGCUGGAUGAAUGUACCAGAGCCGUGAGCAUUGAUGUGGAAGGAAAGAUCUUUCAGGCUGCUGUGGGAGCUGGGAUUUCCUUACUGUCCAUAACACACAGACCUUCUCUGUGGAAAUACCACACUCACUUGUUACAAUUUGAUGGCGAAGGAGGUUGGCGCUUUGAACAGCUGGACACCGCUAUCCGCUUAACAUUAAGUGAAGAAAAACAAAAGUUAGAGUCACAACUGGCUGGAAUUCCCAAAAUGCAGCAGAGACUCAAUGAACUGUGUAAAAUUUUGGGAGAGGACUCGGUGCUGAAAACAAGCCAAAAAGAAGAGGACACACCCUAAUUUAUCUUGACAUGUUUUAAGUUAACUUUUAGGGAACGCCUCAGAGACUCCCUUCCCUGCAUGCAGUAUGCUAAGCUAAGUGCAGAGAAAGCAAGCCAGCAAAAAGUAUUUGGUAUGAUUUUAGCAUCAAGGAAGUAUAAGAUAACUUUUGGAAAGAAAAGAAAAUGCAUUAGUUCAGAUUAGUCGUGACCUCUAUUAGUGCGCAAUGAAAGGCCAACUCACCUAUAAAAAAAAAAAAAGAGGACCUUCUACGUGAAUAUGUGUGGUCUGAGGUUCUUCUUGUGGGAGAAAGCCCCAAAACAAAACAAUAAGGGCAGGACCUGGGUUGACGUCAGGUGGGCAGCAUCAGAAGUUUGAGUGCUGCUUUAGCCCACUUACCAUAGACAGUAGGUACAACACCUGAAAUCCAUAAUCAGUGCUGCUAGCGGCCAGCUAAAACUCUGUACAAGGCAACAGUUUGAUUUUAAAAACCUUCAAUAUGAAAAAAUGUAUUUUAAUGACAGUGGUUGAAAACAAGCAUGAAGUACUGUGUAUGAGACUGGCAGACUGGGAGCAUCUUAAUGCAAACACAAACAAUUGACUUUAAUAAGAAUCGUGCAUAUUUAUUAAAACCUUUUUAUUUUUAAAAAGAGAAUUGCCCAUAGAGAAGAGGAGGGUCUAAGCAAUGCUUGCACUGGCUGCCACUCGAAUCUGCAGUGCUCUAUACUUCAAUUAUUAUGCAGAAAUACUGCUUGUUUGGUGCCCAAAGAAGCAUUUUUAAAACUUGGAUCCUGGAGUUCAUAGUUAUUCCAGCAUUCAUUUCAUUUAUUCUGUCUUUGAAGCAAUCUUUGGAGGCAGCUCGUCUUUGCUCAUUUGCUUCUGAGAAGACAGAUACUCAGAUUUAUUUUGAUCACGUGAUUUAUUUUGGAAGCCAUGUAGAGAUCAAAUGAAGUUCUCAUGAUCUGAUUCAGUACUGUUACUACUACUGUCCCUUCGAUUUAACUGAGCUAUAAUGUCAAUAAGAAAUGAGAUGGGCCAGGUCGGUGGCCAGAAAUGGAAUUAGGCAGAGCAGAAAGUAUGGGAAAAAUUAAAGUAGAUAAAUAAAUACAGUUGAGGGCAUGGAGAAAUGACACUUGCUUCUCUUGAAGGGGACCAGAAUUUUAUUGCCAGCACCCACAUGGUGGCUCCAAAACUAUGUCUAAUUCCAGUACCAGUGGAUCUGAAGCCCUCUCCUAGCCUCUAAGGGCCCUGCAUACAUGUAUUGCUCAUUCAUAUAUGCAGGCAAAACACUCACAUACAUAGCAUUCAAAAUAAAGAAAUCUGAAAGAUAGUAGAGAUAUUGAAAAUUGGCAAUGCUAACAUUAUUAUUUAAUUGGUCUUUGCAAGAAAUGAAAAAUGAGUAGAAAACGGAAUGGCCAUUGGUCUUUGACUUAUAACACGCCACGGAAGCCAGCACACUCUGCACAUCUCUUCGAUGUUGGAGCAUCUUCAACAUCAGCACCCAGAAGGACAGUACAUUGCUGAAUAUGAUGCGAGACAAUCUAUAUGAAUAUGUCAUGGAAAAGAUCUCAUCCAUCCAGGUGCGCUGGAGUAAGGAGCUUUAAUCUCGUCCUCUCUCAGGCAUGGUGAUGUAUAUGAAAAACGAAGAGGAACAGUUACAGUGGCCUAGAAUUUUGUUUACAUAUUUAGAUAUCACCUUAGCAGAUGCUCAUCUGUCAUAGACUAUUUGGGAGAUAGACUACCUGGAAGUCAUUCACAAUGAUUGCUGUAAGAAAUUACAUGUCCACAUGUUCAAUUCCACAAAAUCGGGGUAAUUUGAAUUAUCAAUAAAAGUGACCACCUUACAAGAAGUACUAGAUUGUACUUCAUAAUCAGUAAUAUUUCAUUUAUCUGUUACUACUACUUCAUACUUGUGGGGCAAGAGCUGACGAUUUUGUUUAGAGAAAGCAUGGAACUGGAGAGUAAUGCUUUUAUUUUAAAAUGAUUUCCUAACCUUUAACAACAACCAUGUUACUAGUUAGCCAGGUUAUCACGCCAAUGGAGAAACAUGUGAAGUGGCUUACAUUAGGUUUUAAAGGCACAAGAAGAAAACUGAAAGUUCACCUUUGAAACUAUAGUGUUCAUAAUUUAAAAUUAAACCAUUUAAGUACCGGAUAUCUUACAUCUUUAGGCUUUGCAAAGAAUGCAUCAAUCCCAGGUUUAUAGAUAUACUUUAUUUAAUAGAUGUUACCAAUAAGCUGAAAUGAAACACACAAGAUUCAUUAGAUGUUUAAAUUCUAUACUAAAAUUCUAGUCAUAGAAUUUAAAUGUUAAAAGUUUCAAGAUAAACAAGCUGUUUUUCAAUAGCACUUUUUUUUUUAACUACUGGUUUUCUGAAUUACUUUUUCUGAGACCAGAUAUCCUUUAUCUAGGAAGGAGACUCUAUCUAAUGUGAACUUGUGUUAGGUAUCACCACACUCUUUCCAAAGUGGGAGACUAGAGUUGGUAUUCCAACAGGCACACUUGUGAAAACACGAGCCCACUGAGACAUCUUCCUUGCAUAGGACAAAGAAAAUGGAAUAUGGAAAAUAAAUAUAAGGAAAAUGAAGUAUAAUUUAAGUUGUCAAACUACUGUUAUUUUCCUUGGGAAAAGGUAUAAAUUUAUGGAGCUUGAUUAUUUGGGGGGCUUUCACUCAUGGGCUGAAUUCCACAUAAAUGUGACGUUCUAUUUCUACAGCAUGCAGCGGCAUGCCAAGCAUGAGUCUGAAGCUGUGUUCACUCUUAUAGGCAGGAUAAUCUCUAACACACUCUUGAAUCACAAGGUUGCUGAUCUCACUUGAAAACCAACCCACAUUACCCUGUCUUUACACAGGAAUGGUUUUCCUUUGACGGUAAUUUGACUUUUGUCCCAAAUUUCGGUGGGUCAAAAGAGGUAUAAACAAAUGUGUUGGUUUUUGUUUCAGGAAUUAAUUCCAAGUAAAAGUGUGUAUUUGUGAAAGGCGUAGCUUAUCUUGAUGUUUGAUAUUUUUUUUUACCUGUGUAUCUUCAAAUCUUGUUAUGCAAUCGAACUGAAACCCAGAGGAAGGUACGUGCUUAGAGAUGCAAUAAACAUUGUGACGGUGAUUAAAUUAUUUAUUUAAAGA